AUGGUCACCACGGGCCAGCUCUACCUGCCCUUUAAAUCUCGAGCCGGGAAAGAGCCACACACAGCAGGACUGAGUGGUGACACCUAUCAGGAUCCAGGCUUCCAAGGAGCCAAGAUGACAGCCCACUUGCCCCAGGAGGCCGGCUUUUCUCCAAGGACCACCCUGCACCCCACAGCACAGGAUCUUUGGCACCAGGUCUCCAGCAGCUCUGGCACUACCACCACCAUAGACCCUCACUCCUGCCCUCAGCAGGGUGGAGAAGACAUCCGCCCUGAAAUGAAGGAAGAUAUACAUGACCCCAGCUACCAGGAUGAGGAGGGGCCCCCGCCCAAGCUGGAGUACGUCUGGAGGAACAUCAUCCUUAUGGCCCUGCUGCACGUGGGAGCCCUGUAUGGGAUCACACUGAUUCCCUCCAGCAAGGCCUACACCUGCCUCUUGGGAUCAAUCUACAAUGUAGUUGCUGCUUUGGGCGUCACAGCCGGGGCUCACCGCCUGUGGAGCCACCGAACUUACAAGGCCAGGCUACCCCUGAGGCUCUUCCUCAUCAUCGCCAACACCAUGGCUUUCCAGAAUGACGUAUACGAAUGGUCCCGAGAUCACCGCGCCCACCACAAGUUCUCAGAGACACACGCCGACCCUCACAACUCCCGGCGUGGCUUCUUCUUCUCUCACGUGGGCUGGCUGCUUGUGCGCAAACACCCGGCUGUCAAAGAGAAGGGCGGACAGCUGGACAUGUCUGACCUGAAAGCCGAGAAGCUGGUGAUGUUCCAGCGGAGGCACUACAAGCUAUCUGUUGUGCUCAUCUGCAUCAUCCUGCCCACACUGGCACCCUGGUACUUUUGGGGUGAAACCUUUUGGCACAGCCUAUACAUCGCUAUGUUCCUGCGGUACAGCGUUUUUCUCAAUUUUACCUGGCUGGUGAACAGUGCUGCCCACCUCUACGGCUACCGGCCAUACGACAGGAACAUUGGUGCCCGAGAGAACCCCUCGGUUUCAGUGGUAUCUUUGGGCGAGGGCUUCCACAACUACCAUCACACCUUCCCCUAUGACUACUCCGCCAGUGAGUACCGCUGGCACAUCAACUUCACCACGUUCUUCAUCGACUGCAUGGCUGCCCUCGGCCUGGCUUAUGACCGGAAGAGAGUGUCCAAAGCCGCCGUCUUAGCUAGGAUGAAAAGAACUGGAGACGGGAACCACAAGAGUGCCUGA